AUGGUUAAAUUUAACUAUUUAGCAAGACAUGACGUCGUGGUCGUAAGUUUUAAUUACAGGCUGGGGGCAUUGGGAUUUGCGUGUCUCGGGAAUGAGAAGAUUCCGGGGAAUGCUGGAUUGAAGGAUCAAGUGGAGGCGUUGAGGUGGAUUAAAAAGAACAUAAAGAAGUUUGGCGGGGAUCCUGAAAAGAUAACAUUAGCCGGAUUUAGUGUUGGAGCGUCCAUGGCUGAAUUGCACACCUUCUCCAAAUCGAGUCAGGGGUUGUUUAGUAAACUUAUUUUGGAGAGCGGUUCCGCGUUCUCCCCUUUCGCUGUUAAUAGAGACCCCAUAAGCACAGCUAGAAACAUUGCUCUAUCUAUGGGAUACAAUGACACUGGGAGACUGGACGAUUUAACUGAAUUUUAUCUGAACGCUAGUUCGAACGACCUGGCGCUAAAGAGUUUAAACUUCUUUUUGCCAAACAGCACUUUCGGAUUUUCACCGUGCAUAGAAAAUGUUCACGACGGCGUUGAACCUUUCUUGACCGAAUCGCCGAGUGACAUUGCGAAGAAAGGACUGAAUACAAAAUUGCCCGUUUUAACAGGUUUCUCGAAUAUGGAAGGAAUCAGUAGGUUGCUUCAGUUUGGUUCGUGGCGAGAUGGGAUGAACGAAGAUUUUUCCGAAUAUCUCGCCGCUGAUUUGAAAUUCCCCGACGAAAAAUCAAAACGGGACCUUGCCAAAAUUGUAAAAGAGUAUUAUUUUAAAGGAGAAGACGUGUCACCUUCUACUAUACAAAGCUACGUUGAUUAUUUCUCCGAUUCAAUGUUCAAAUAUGCCAUCAUGAAGUCAGCAAAACUGCACGCGUCAACUUCGAAUAGACCCGUAUUCUUGUACGAGUUUACGUAUAUGGGUAAUCUGAAUAUGAAACAUCAUUACAUGGAUCGUGUUAAAGGUGCUAGUCAUAGGGAUCAAACAGCCUAUGUGUUAGAUUUCUUCGCAUGGACGAAUAGUUAUAAAGAUUUGGACACCAGAGAUCGUAUGACGACCAUGUGGACAGACUUUGUAAAAUACGAG